AUUGUUUACAUGUUAGGUUGCCUCAGACUGCUGAUUACUUACCUAUAAUCUGCAUAUUAAGCUGAGAUAUCUACAUUUUUUAACAUGAUAUAAAAAACACACUUCAGCUUUAAUAGGGAAAGGGCGUCAUGCAUCACAUGAUAGAACGUGACCAAUGGUAGAACGGCUUCUUCCUCUACACGGAACUGAUUGCGGAUUUAUUUGGCAGUCCAUGGCAGACCAAAAUGGUCACAUUGAUCUUGGCCCUCCAAGGGAAACGGUGGCAGGUGUAGGCUUCCCGGCUCCUCCUCCACCCAUCUACGCCUGCACCCUUACUACUGAGCUGGUGGCCAAGGCUCGGGAAGAGCUCCAGGAGAAGCCUGAAUGGAGGCUCCGGGAUGUCCAGGCAUUGCGAGAUAUGAUACUAAAAGACCACCCUAAUCUGAGGACACGGUUAGACGAUGCAUUUCUGCUGCGCUUCCUCAGGGCCAGAAAGUUUGAUUAUGACCGGGCCCUUCAGCUUCUCCUGAAUUAUCAUGCCAACCGGAAAGCCUGGCCUGAGGUGUUUCAGGACCUGAAGCCCUCUACAGUCAAGCACGUCCUAGAUCUGGGUUUUCUCACUGUCCUUCCCAGACCAGACCCCCAUGGACGCUACAUACUGUGUUUACGGCCAGGUAAAUGGAAGCCUAAUGAUUACCCAUUUGUGGACAACAUUCGAGCUAUUUACUUGACAUUAGAGAAGCUGAUUCAGCCUGAGGAAACCCAAGUGAAUGGAAUUGUUAUCCUGGUGGAUUAUGGGGGAGUUGGCCUCUCUCAAGCCUCUAAUCCAGGUCCACUUUUGGCAAAGAAAGUUGUUGGUAUCCUUCAAGAUGGCUUCCCAAUCAGAAUAAAGGCUGUAAACAUUAUAAAUGAGCCACGUAUCUUCAAGGGUAUUUUUGCGAUAAUUAAGCCAUUUCUGAAAGAGAAAAUGGCAGAGAGGUAUGUCCUGCAUGGCUCAGACUUGGCCUCUCUCCAUCGAGUCAUUCCUCAAUCUGUGCUGCCUCAAGAAUAUGGAGGAGUGGCUGGAAGACUUGACAUGUCUGCCUGGUCCAGAAUGCUGCUGGAGGCUGAGGAAGAGUUUGUGGUGGAGUUCUGUCAGCCGGAUCCUCUGGAGGGAGUCAUUCUGCCAGACUCCAUGCUGUUUGAGGGAGAGCAAGCUGGGGCACAUGGAGAGGACACUUUUAGACAUCUGCGUUCCCAGCUUUAUUACUGUUACUGACCUCCUGGCAACGUGCAACUGGUUCUUUUGAAACAUUUGUUUAGCUAUGACCAACUAUUUAUUCGCAGUGUGAUGAGGUCACCGGAUCAGUCUGACCGUUUAAAUGAUCUGGUACAGACAGCCACUUAGAUGCUGGAUAUACACCCUUUGCUUUGGCUUAACCUGUUAACCCUGCAUUUUAAAAACUUGUUUCAAACAUCCAAACAAUAUCCUUUUGAGAAGAAGCCCUAGGUUUUAAUAUAUAAUCAGUCUCUAUGUUUUCAGUUACAGUAACCAUUGAAAUGUCUAAAAUAGUUGUUUUCAGCACUAUAUCAUUUUAUGUUACAUCUCACAUUUUAUAUUACUCUCAAAUAAUGCUUGCCUUAAUUUAUGGUGAAGGGAAUAUUAUUUAUAUUUAUUUAGAUGAUUUAGUACAUUAGAGAUAAACACCCAUGUCAAUUAAAUACAAUGCAUUAACAAUGUGCAAUUUUAAAUUAAAAACCUCUGUUGUAGAAUUAUUUUAUCCUAAUUGGUAACCAUGUUCAUCUUUUUGAUUUGUGGAUUGAACAGCUCUAAAUUAGCUUCUUUUACUUUUUUGCAAGUGUGCUUCACUGAAUUGACUUUCUGUACACAAUACCUUUGUCCAUAUAAUGAUACGCUUAAGAAUAUGUCCAUUUCAUGAUAAGCUUUAGAAUUAGUAAGACAUCAGAUAGUUGUUUGUUUAUAAUAUAUUAAGCUGAUGUGUGGUUGCUCAAUACUUUACAUCCUGACUACAUAACAUUUUUAAAGUUGAGUGGCCAAAAAAAAAAUGGUUUUAUAUUUUCAUUUGCCAAAAAUGGUUUAAAUGGACAUUAAUCUUUAAUGUUGUGUACCUAUGUAAAAUAUGUAUGGAUAAUUUAAUAGAACAUGUAAUUCAUUUUUUGGUCUUACUGAGCACAUUUAUGCUUAAAUUUCAAGCCUUAUGUUUGAUGCCAGUAUUGUAGCCAUAUCUUAUUAUCUAAACACUUUAUUAUGUAUGUUUGUGGAAACAGCCAAUAAACAUUAUAAUUUUCGGUG